AAAAAAGUUUCCCCACUAAGACUCACCCUGCGAGCCCACCUGGAGUCGCACACACUCGCCGCAGCCGACUCGCGCACACUCGCCGCAGCCGCAGCCGCAGCCAGCGGAGUGGCGCUAAAGAUGUAAUACAAACUCCUUCCUCAGCCAAUCAAAAACACCCUCCGCCGCCCUGGGCCAAUGAGGAGAAGCGGAUGGGACCUUGGAAGUGUAGCCUCACUGCCUGCUGGGAGUUGUAGUUUAGAUCUCAAAGCGGGACACAGAAUCCAGGUUCCCCCCCUCCCCAAGGUGAUCCCGCCCCCUCAGUUCCCACAGCCAAUCAGCAGCACUAGUUAGGUCGCUCGCUAACUCCCCUUUCCCCCACAGGUGACCCAGGCGAGAUAGGCCGUGGGCCAGAUGUGGGGCGGGAGAGCUGGGGCCUUGCUCCGGGUGUGGGGGUUGAGGCCAGCAUGGAGCCCCAGGAGGAGACCACUAAGCUGCAAUGCUGCUUCGCAGGCCCGAAGCAACUCCCCGCGAUGUUGGAAGUGCGGCGGCAGCCCAGGGGGCCCCACAGGGGAGGACAUACUCUUCUGCCCGCGGUGCCGCGCGUUGCAGCCACCCGACCCCACUCGAGAUUACUUCAGCCUCAUGGAUUGCAACCGUUCCUUCAGAGUUGACACCAUGAAGCUCCAGCAUAGGUACCAGCAACUACAGCGUCUCGUUCAUCCAGAUUUCUUCAGCCAGAGGUCUCAGACUGAAAAGGACUUCUCAGUGAAGCAUUCGACCCUGGUGAAUGAUGCCUAUAAGACCCUUCUGGCACCCCUAAGCAGGGGACUAUACCUUCUAAAACUCCGUGGAAUAGAGAUUCCCGAAGGGACAGAUGAAAUGGACAAGCAAUUCCUCGUGGAAAUAAUGGAAAUCAAUGAAAAACUCGCAGAAGCUCAACAUGAAGGUGCUGUCAAUGAGAUUGAAUCCAUUGUCGCAGAUUGAAAACCCUGGUGCAGUGGUUAAGAGCUAUAGCUGCUAGUCUGAAACUAGAAGAACUAGAUGGUACCCAGCUACAACCAAUGACUGCUCUGACAGAGAACACAACAGAGAAUCAUUGAUGGAGCAGGAGAGCACUGGGAUGCAGACCUCAAACUCUCAUAAAAAGACCAGACUUAAUGGUCUGACUGAGACUAAAAGGACCCCGUAGGUCAUGGUCCUCAGAUCUUCUGUUAGCCCAAGACUGGAACCAUUCCCAAAGCCAACUCUUCAAAGAGGGAUUGGACUGGACUAUAAGAUAGAAAAUGAUAUGAGUGAGGGGUGAGCUUCUUGGCUCAAGUAGACAUGUGACACUAACAGGGCAGCUCCUGUCUGGAGGGGAGUUAAGAAGGCAGAGGGGGACAGAAGCUGGCUGAAUGGACACGGAGAAUACAGAGUAGAGAGAAGGAGUGUGCUGUCUCAUUAGGGGGAGAGCAGCUAAAAAAAAGCAAGGUGUAUAUAAAUUUUUGUAUGAGAGACUGACUUGACUUGUAAACUUUCACUUAAAGCACAAUAAAAAUAAAAUAAAAAGGGCUACAGCUGCUAACCAAAAGGUCAGCAGUUUGAAUCCAUCAGGCAUUCCUUGGAAACCAUAUGGGGCAGUUCUACUCUGUCCUAAGGGGUCGCUGUGAGUCAGAAUCGAGUCGAGGGCAACGGGUUUGGUUUAUACUGCAGAUGACAUGGAAUCAGACAGAACUGGGUUUAACAUUUGGUACCUCCCCUUUUGUUUUGCAUUUGGUUUUUUGCAUUUGCAUUGGGUAAAUCUGCUGCAAAAUCUCUCUUUAAAGUGUUAAAAAGCAAAGAUGUCACCUUGAGAACUAAGGUGCCCGUGACCCAAGCCAUGGUGUUUUCAAUCACCCGGUAUGCAUGCAAAAGCUGGACAAUGAAUAAGGAAGGCCAAAGGAGAAUUCAAGAAAACCAAACUUGUUGCCAUCAAGUUGAUUCCAACUCACGGCUACCCUAUAGGACAGAGUAGAACUGCCCCAUAGGGUUUCCAAGGAGUGGCUGCUGGAUUCAAACUGCCGACCUUUUGGUUAGCAGAUGUCAUGGAUUGAAUUAUGUCCCCCCAAAAUAUGUGUAUCGAGGCCAUGAUUCCCAGGACCCAGAGGCACCCUGCUCCUUCAGCGAGCCACUGCCCAAAGGCGCUCAGCUCUCUUGCUCAGUGGGCCUACUGCGCUGUCUCAUGCCGGUCUCCUGCCUCUGCUGCCACCCUUUCUCUGCUACUGCUUCUCAUUGUCUACAAUGUUACAACUCUCUCUCUCAUUGAGCUGGUUCUAGGUGCUUCUUGCCACAGGGACCCCAGGUCCAAAGGACACAGUCCACUCCUGGCUCUUCUUCCUUGGUGGUGGUGAGACCCUUUCCUUCCCACCUCCAGGAAGGCUUAUUUUAAGUCUAAGGGGAUGGCAAUACUGACCAGUCCCUUCGUUAAAGUUCCAUAGACCUUAUUUGCAUGGUCCCACCCCCAAACGGGUACCCUGAAGUUUAUUUGCAUUAUUAGCAAGCUAUCCAAUCCUCUUGGCAAGCUACAAUUACCUCAUUUGUGGACUCCCACCCAAUUACUUGGGUAGGUGUCACAAGACCAUGGCGAGAAAGACCAUAUAAAAGUGAUCCAUCGCACCACAUCGCUGAAUCCUCAAACUGGCGCUUUCAGGCAGGAACUAUCAUCCCCAUUUCACAGAUGGAAAAACUAAGGCUUUGAAUGGUGUCUUAGUUAUCUAGUGCUGCUAUAACAGAAAUACAAGUGGGUGGCUUUAACAAAUAGAAAUUUAUUCUCUCACAGUCUACGAGGCUAAAAGUCUGAAUUCAGGGCACCAGCUCCCGGGGAAGGUUUUUUCUCUUUUGGUUCUGGGGGAAAGUCCUUAUCAUCAAUCUUCCCCUAGUCUUAAGAGUUUCUCGGCGCAGGGACUAUGGGUCUAAAGGAUGUGCUCUGCUGUUUUCUUAGUGGUACAAGGUCUCUCUCUUCUCAGUUCCGCUCUGUCCCCCACAUCUCAAAAGAGAUUGACUCAGGAUACAAUCCAAUCCUGCAGACUGAAUCCUGCCUCAUGAACUCAACUCCCUCCAAUCCUGCCCCAUCAACACCAUAGACGUUAGGAUUCACAAUACAUAGGACAAUCACAUCAGAUGACAAAAUGAUGGAGAACCACACAAUACAGGGAAUCACGGCCUAGCCAAGUCAACACACAUCAUUGGAGCACACAAUUUAAUCCAGAACAAAUGGCAAAGUAGCUUUCCCAAGACCACACAGUAAUAGUUUGGGGGCAAAUCAAAACCAGGUCCCCAACUUCAGAAAAUGCUUCUAAGCACUCUCUAUAUUGCCAAGUGUUGGCCAUGGAGCCAUUGCUUCUCUCUCUGCUGCUUUUAUAUAUUUUCAGUUACAUUGUUAUAAGAAGGCCUAGUGGCACAAUGCUAUGGCUUGGGUCAGGUGCACCUUAGUCCUCAAGGUGACAUCUUUGCUUUUCAACACUUUAAAGAGGCCUUUUGCAGCAGAUUUGCCCAAUGCAACGUGUCUUUUGAUUUCUUGACUGCUGCUUCCAUGAGUGUUGAUUGUGAGUCCAAGACCUUGACAACCUCUGUCUUUUCUCCAUUUAUCAUGAUAUUGCUUAUUGGUCCAGUUGUGAGGAAUUUGGUUUUGUUUAUGUUGAGCUGUAAUCCAUACUGAAGGCUGUGAUCUUUGAUCUUCAUCAGUAAGUGCUUCAAGUCUUCUUCACUUUCAGCAAGUAAGGUUGUGUCACCUGCAUAAUGCAGGUUGUUAAUGAGUCUUCCUCCAAUCCUGAUGCCGUGUUCUUCUUCAUAUAGUCCAGCUCAGCAUACAGACUGAAUAGGUAUGGUGAAAUGAUACAACCCUGACACACACCUUUCCUGACCUUAAACCAUGUAGCAUCCCCUUGUUCUGUUCAAACCACUGCCUCUUGAUCUAUGUACAGGUUCCUCGUGAGCACAAUUAAGUGUUCCUGAAUUCCCAUUCUCUGCAAUGUUAUCCAUAAUUUGUUAUGAUCCACACAGUCAAAUGCCUUAGCAUGUCAAUAAAACACAGGUAAACAUCUUUCUGGUAUUCUCUGCUUUCAGCCAGGAUCCAUCUGAUAUCAGCAAUGAUAUCCCUGGUUCCACGUUCUCGUCUAAAUCCAGCUUGAAUUUCUGGCAGUUCUCUGUAGAAGUACUGCUGCAGCAGCUUUUGAAUGAUCUUCAGCAAAAUUUUGCUUGCAUGUGAUAUUAAUGAUAUUGUUCAAUAAUUUCCGUAUUCGGUUGGAUCACCUUUCUUGGGAGUAGGCAUUAGUAUGGAUCUCUUCCAGUCAGUUCAUCAGGUGGCUGUUUUCCAAAUUUUUUUGGCAUAGAUAAGUGAGCACUUCCAGCCCUGCAUCUGUUUGUUGAAACAUCUCAACUGGUAUUCUGUUAAUUCCUGGAGCCUUGUAUUUUGACAAACUUGGAUUUCUUCAGUACCAUGGGUUAUUAUAUGUUACCUCCUGAAAUGGCUGAACAUCAACCAAUUCUUUUUGGUAUAGUGACUCUGUGUAUUCCUUCCAUCCUCUUUUGAUGCUUCCUGCAUCAUUUAAUAUUUUCCCCAUAGAAUCCUUCACUAUUGCAACUGGAGGCUUGAAUUUUUUCUUCAGUUCUUUCAGCUUGAGAAAUGCUGAGCGUGUUCUUCCCUUUUGAUUUUCUAUCUCCAGGUCUUUGCACAUGUCAUCAUAAUACUUUGUCUUCUCAAGCUGCCCUUUGAGAUCUUCUGUUCAGGUCUUUGUUCAGCUCUUUUACUUCAUCAUUUUUUCAUUUUGCUUUAGCUACUCGAUGUUCAAAAGCAAGUUUCAGAGUCUCUUCUAACAUCUAUUUAGGUCUUUUCUUCCUCUCUUGUCUUUUUAAUGACCUCUUGAUUUCUUCAUGUAUGAUGUCCUUGAUGUCAUUCCACAACUCUUCUGGUCUUCAGUCAUUAGUGUUCAAUGCAUCAGAUCUGUUCUUCAGAUGGUCUCAAAAUUCAGAUGGGCUAUACUCAAGGUUGUACUUUGGAAUUGGUGGACUUGUUCUAAUUUUCUUCAGUUUCAACUAGAACUUGCAUAUGAGUAACUGAUGGUCUGAUCUGAAGUCUGUCCCUUGUUCUGACUGAUGAAACUGAGCUUUUCCAUCAUCUCUUUCCUCAGAUUUAGUCGAUUUGAUUCCUGUGUAUUUCAUCUGGUGAGGUCCACGUGUAUAGUCGCGGUUUAUGUUGGUGAAAAAAGCUAUCUGCAAUGAAGAAGUUGUUGGUCUUGCAAAAUUGAGUCAUGCACUCUCUGACAUCGUUUCUAUCACCAAGACCAUAUUUCCCAACUACCAAUCCUUUUUCUUUGUUUCCAACUUUCACAUUCCAAUCACCAGUAGUUAUCAGUGCAUCCCAAGCCAUGUUGUUUUCAGUCGCCUCAAGUACAUGCGAAAACUGGACGAUGAAUAAGGAAGACCUAAGAAGAAUUGAUUCCUCUGAAUUCUGGUGUUGGUGAAAAAUAUUGAAUAUACCAUGGACUGCCAAAAGAAUGAACAAAUCUGUCUUGGAAGAAGUACAACCAGAAUGCUUCUUAGAAGCAAGGAUGGCAAGACUACCUCUCACAUACUUUGGUCAUGUUAUCAGGAGGGAUCAGUCCCUGGAAAAGGACAUUACGCUUGGUAAAAUAAAUGGUCAGGAAAAAAAAGAGGAAGACCCUCAAUGAGAUGGAUUGACACAGUGGCCACAACAAUGGGCUCAAGCUUAGCAACAAUUGUGAGGAUGGUGCAGGACCAGGCAGUGUUUUGUUCUGUUGUGCGUUCGCUGAGUCAGAACGGACUCGACGGCACCUAACAACAACAACAGUGGCACAAUACUUAAGCACUCAGCUGCUAACCGAAGGUCAGCAGUUCAAAACCACCAGUGACUGCAUGGACAAAAAGACCUGGCAAUAUGUUCCCAUAAAGAUUAAAAAAAGAUUACAGCCUAAGAAACCCUAUGGGGCAGUUCUACUCUGUCCUAUAGGGUCACUAUGAGUCAGAAUUAACUCCCAAGCACACAACAUUAUUAUGACUAUAUAUUUUGACUGGCUUUCCUAGUUUCAAAUCCUCGGAGAAGUAAGGGAAACCUCACUAUUAUGUACCUACUACUCACAAUAGCUGCCAAACCCCUUCGCACAGGAUAGAAACCCAAAAUGGCACAUACACACUAGUAGUGGGCAAAGUCAUUUGUAUUGCAAAUGGACCUAAGGCAACUUGGAUCUGCAUAGCUACCGGGUUCCUUACUAUAUUGUAGCCAGUACCACACUAUCUUGAAAUCAGAAAGUGCAAACCCACCAACUUUCUUCUGUUUCAAGGUUGGCUACUCUAGGGCUCUUUUUAUUUCUAUGUGAAUUUUACAGUCAGCUUGUCAAUUUCUGCAAAAAAAGCCAGCUGUGAUUUUGAUAGAUAUUGCAUUGAAUCUGUAGAUAUUCAUUAUUAAAACAAUAUUAAGUCCUUCAAUACAGGAACAUGUGGCUUUUUUCAUUUAUUUAGAUCAUUUUUAAUUUAUUUCAACAACGUGUUGUAACGUUUGGUGUACAAGUCAUCCACUUCUUUUGGUAAAGUUAUCCCUAAGUAUUUUCUUCUUUUUGGUGCUAUUGUCAAAGGAAUUGUUUUCUUAAUUUCUUUUUCUGAUUACUUAUUACUAGUGUAUAGAAUUAUGAUUUAUUUUUGUAUAUUGAGCUUAUAUCCUUUCACCUUGCUGAACUCAAUUAUUAGUUCUAAAAUUUCUUCAUAAAGUUUUUUGGGGAUUUUCUAUACUUAAUGAUCAUAUCAUCUGCAAAUAGAUAUACUUUUACUUCUUCUUUUCCAACCGGAUGCGUUUUGUUUCUUUUUCUUGACUAAUUGCUUUGGCUUUACAAUGUUGAACAGAAGUGGUAAGAGUGGACAUCCUUGUCUUAUUCCCAGUCUUAGUGGGAAACAUUCAGUAUUUCGCAAUUCACUAUAAUGUUAACUGUGAGGUUUUGAUAGGUACUGUUUAUUGGAUUGAAGAAUUUUCUUUCUUUCCCUAGUUUGUUGAGUGUUUAUUUUAUGAAAGGGUAAUGAAUUUUGUCAAAUGCUUUUUCUGUGUCUGUCAAAAAGAUUAUAUGAUUUUUCUCCUUUAUCCUGUUGAUGUAGUGAAUUGCAUGGGUUGAUUUUCAAGUAUUAAACCAGCCUUGGAUAUCUGGAAUAAACCUCACUUGGUCAUGGUGAAUAAUUCUUUUUAUAUGUUGCCCGAUUAAGUUUGUUAGUAUUUUCUCCAGGAUUUUUACAUCCAUGUUCCUAAGAGAUACUGGUCUGUAGUUUUCUUUUCUUGUGAUGUCUUUGUCUGGUUUUGG